AUGACUGACACCGAAGUCGCCGCUGCUCCAGCUCCAGUUGAGGCGAAAAUGAUCGCCAAGGUCAAUACUCCGAAAAAAGUGAAGGAAGUCAAGGCUAAGAAACCAGCCACCAAGGCAACUCAUCCCAGUGCUGGUGACAUGGUAACUGCUGCUGUAAAAGCUCUUGCUGAACGUCACGGAUCUUCGCUCCAGGCCAUCAAGAAGUACAUCGCCGCCAACUACAAGGUCGACGUUGAUAGACAGGCGCUUUACAUCAAGAAGUUCCUCAAGUCUGCUGUCGAGAAGGGGACUUUGGUGCAAACCAAAGGAAAGGGAGCUUCUGGAUCAUUCAAGCUUGGAGUCAUCAAAGCUGCAGCCAAGCCAAAGCCCAAGACCGCUUCUGUUGAGAAGAAGAAAGCUGCUCCGAAAAAAGCUACUGCUAAGAAACCAGCCGCCAAGAAGACCAGUGAGCCCAAAGUUUCUGUGAAGAAAGCUACUGGACCCAAAAAAGCUGCCAAGAAACCAGCUUCUCCAAAGAAGGCCAAAGCUCCAGCUAAACCUAAAGCUGCUGCUGAACCUAAGGCUAAGAAGGCAGCUGCUCCAAAAGCCAAAAAAGCUGCAAAGGGCCCAACUGCUAAGCCUAAAGCACCGAAACCAAAAAAGGCCGCGGCUCCUAAAGCAGCCAAAGCUCCUGCAAGAAAAGCUCCAUCACCUUUGGCUAUAUAA